UUUCCUCCACCUCCUUAACCGGAAUGCUGAGCUCCUCCUCCCCUGCCAAGCUCUCCCUCCCCCUCCUCCCCUCCAUGGCCUCCGCCGCCGGAGACCCCCAGGACGCUCGCCUGGUCUUCGUCGGUGACCCGGACCGGUCCUCGUCCCCUGGCGCCGACGUGGCCGCCAGCAACGCCAUCCGCACCACCAAGUACUCCCUGCUCACCUUCAUCCCCCGCAACCUCUUCGAGCAGUUCCGCCGCGUCGCCUACAUCUACUUCCUGGCGCUGGCCCUCCUCAACCAGAUCCCCCAGCUCACCGUCUUCGGCCGCCAAACCGCCUUCCUCCCCCUCGGCACCGUUCUCCUUCUCACCGCCAUCAAGGACGCUUACGAGGAUUACCAGCGCCACCGCUCCGACACCGCCGAGAACAACCGCCCCGCCUCCGUCCUCCCCCUCCGUUCACAGCAGGCCGCCUCCACCGUCAGGAAGAAGUGGAAGGAGAUCCGCGUCGGGGAGCUCGUCCGCGUCGUGGCCAACGAGACCAUCCCCUGCGACAUGGUCCUCCUCGCCACCAGCGACCCCACCGGCGUCGCCUACGUGCAGACCAUCAACCUCGACGGCGAGUCCAACCUCAAGAGCUGCUACGCCAAGCUCGAGACCGCCUCGCUCGCCCCCGAGGCCCUAGCCGGCGCCAUCAUCCGCUGUGAGCCACCCAACCUCAACAUCUAUAGAUUCCAGGCCACCAUCGAGCUCCGCGGCGACGGCCCCAGGAUCCCACUCGGUCCCACCAACAUCGUCCUCCGCGGUUGCGACAUCCAGAACACCUCCUGGGUCGUCGGCGUCGCCGUCUACAUCGGGACAGAGACCAAGGUAAUGCUCAACAACUCCGGCGCGCCCUCCAAACGCAGUCGAUUGGAGACCCGCAUGAACCGCGAAAUCAUCGUGCUCGCCGUCAUAAUGGUCGGAAUCUGCUCACUGAUCGCGAUCUCUACUGUGAUUUGGCUUCACAGCAACAGGGAUAAGCUGGACACCUUGCCGUUCUAUCGGCGGAAGGACUACUCCAGGGUUCCGCCAAGGGAUUACUUGUAUAAUGGAUUAGGGCUGGAGAUGCUGUUUGCAUUUCUGAAGUCCAUUUUUAGGUUCCAGAACUUCAUUCCCAUCUCGCUCUACAUAUCCAUGGAGCUGUCGAGGUUGAUGCAAUCGUUCAUGAUGACCCAGGACGAGAGCAUGUGCCAUGAGGCGACCGGCAACAAGCUCAAGUGUAGGGCUUUGAAUAUAAACGAGGACUUGGGGCAGAUCAAGUAUGUGUUCUCGGAUAAGACCGGAACUCUCACGGAGAAUAAGAUGGUCUUCCAGUGUGCCAGUAUUCAUGGGAUUGAUUAUGUUUGUCGAGAGCCUCUGACACCCGGCGAGAUUGCCCCUCAUCCCACCAUAGUUGAUGGUCAAGUUUGGAGGCCGAAAGUUAUGGUUAAUACUGACCGCAAGCUCCUGAGACUGUUAGAGACCGAGAGGGACACAGAAGCAGGAUUAUAUGCUGUUAGUUUUUUUCUUGCAUUGGCUACGUGUAACACCAUUGUGCCUCAGGUAUUGGAUACAUCUGAUCCAGCAGUGAAAUUGAUAGAUUAUCAGGGUGACUCGCCGGACGAACAGGCAUUGGUGUAUGCUGCUGCAGCCUAUGGUUUUGUGCUAAUAGAAAGAACAUCCGGGCAUAUUACCAUUGAUGUUCUUGGGGAGAGACAGAGGUACUCCUUUCUUUCUGUCAUUUUUCAGUUGUUUUGUGUUGCAUUCCUAGUUUUUUUCAUACCAUCUGGUUCUAGUGGUGCUAAAUUUCUAUAGGUGUCGAUCAAGAAUGUUCUCGAUUAAUACUCUAAAAAGUAAGGGCGUGCAAUAUUCUUGAGACUCUAAAAAACUGCUUGAAGUUUACUUAUAUGCUGGGUAACAUGAGACUUUUUAUUAAUCAGGUGGGUUACGACGUAUCCCGGGACAUUUAGACCCAUAAUAACCUGGAUGAUCCUCAUGCAUUCUUGAACUUAAGGGUCUUGUAAGGGUUCCUAACUUUCCCAUGAAUCGUAUAACUGACUUCCAAAUUGUCACUCGUAUAGAAUAAAUUUAGUUCAUAAGUAAAUGACUAACAUGCUGUCUCCAUGCCCUUUCUUUUCUAGAAGGAUUUGCCUUGUAGAAAGUCUUGCUUCAUCAUUCUAAGAUGUAGUAGGGAAGCCUAUUUCAUUAUAGUGAAAAUAAAGAUAAUGAGUGGAGAACUCAGAGAAUUCUGCAAGAGGUGAUUAUUGCCGAAAUGUGGCAAAGAUGAAGCAUCUCCCUUUUGGAAGUAUGAUUUCCUAGUCAAAAUAGAAUGCCAUUACUCCAAGUUCUUCUGUCAACUGAUCUCCUUGGUCGACGUAUGUGUCAAGGGGUCAUGUUAGGGAAGUUGACCCUUUGCAUGCAUAGGAUGCCCUUGUCCUACCUGGUAUGAUGAUCCAAUGAGAGCUAAUUCCAGUGGCUUUUGGGUAGCACUUAGACUGUGUUAGGACCUGGUUUGGAGGGGUGAUGGGCCUGACUGGGAGCCAUGGGCGUGGAAUUUGACAUGGACAUGAAUUGCAUCUGGAGAAAACUAAGUGUAGGCUCCAAGCAGCACUGAGGCCCUGACAAGAACUGGGCUGACUCUUGGGGCUUAGCCACCAGCUUGUCCACUGUGGCUAAGCAAGGAGAUCUUAUUUGGAGGUGCAUGACAGCCUAAUUUGGUCAAAUAAGACCAUGUUAAUGCAUGAACUAGGUGAAUUAUCAAGCUACACUUGAUGCUAAGAAACUUGCUUAGAAGUUUGCAAAACAAUUGGAACCUUUGUAUUCUAAUUGUAUUAGUUUUCUGGAUU